GAAUACUUCUAAGUACACUUUACCAUGAAAUAAACAUGGGCAGUCUUUUGUUUCGGCAAAAUUUCCUUACACAUUAUUCAAUCCGAUUUGCGACCUAAAAAAUGCUACCUCAAAUGUGCCCUGAUGAUGUAGCCUGGGAACAAGCCGAGGAAACAUCCGACAAUUGGCUAGUUCAAUUUCUCCAACUCGAUAUCUUAAGACCUAUCGCGGACUUCAUCCUCAAGCACAACAGAGGCCAUGCUACAGAGUUUGCCAUACUUAAAAAAGGCUCUUAUAACAUCUCCUUACGGUUGAAGUAUCAAAAUGCUGCCACUGUUAUACGCUUCUCGCAGCCUGGGGCGGUAUUUUUCCCGGAGGAGAAAGUCAUGAAUGAGGUUGCUGUGAUGAGAUUCCUGGCAGACCAGACAUCGAUACCUGUUCCAUUCAUUCUUCACUCGGGUACAAAGAAGGAGAGCCCUCUCGAACUCGGCCCAUUCAUUAUGAUGGAUUAUGUCGCACACGAAACGAAAAUGUACGACGCUCUUAUCACACCGGGAUGUCCGACCGAAGAACGUGGAAUCCUUGACCCGAACAUCGACGAAGCCAAACUUGAGAUGUUGUAUGGACAGCUAUCAGAUAUUCUGCUCCAGCUCUCCACACCCUCUUUAUCUCGAAUAGGAUCACCGAGCCAGAUUGAUGAUUUCACUUGGGAAGUAUCAUAUCGGCCUUUGUCAAUGAAUAUGAAUGAACUUGUACGACUGGGUGAUUUGCCGCGAACCAAACUUCCCAGUACUACAUUUGACACAACUUCUUCGUAUCUUGAAGCUCUCGCAAACCUUAACGUUGAGCAUCUGGUACACCAGAGGAAUGAUGCUGUGGAAUCCGCAGACGACUGUCGGCGAAAGUUUGUGGCGCGACAGCUUUUCCGUAAGCUCGCCAGGGAUAAGCGACUUACCGAUCCGUCACUGGAGAAAGGACCUUUCAAACUUUGGUGUGAUGAUUUACGACCCGCUAACAUACUUCUCCACGAGAAUAUGCAAAUUGUCGGCGUGGUAGAUUGGGAAUUCACAUACGCAGCACCAGCCGAGUUUUCUUAUGCGCCACCUUGGUGGUUAUUGAUUGAAAAGCCCGAAUUCUGGCCAAAGGGUAUUGAGGACUGGAAAAGCGUGUUUGAUGAUCGUCUGAAGACCUUUCUUAAGGCCAUGAAGGGUCGUGAAGACAUGGCCAUCCAGCGGGGUCUGUUAACAGAGAACAACCGACUUUCCAAUCGUAUGCAAAAGAGCUGGUAGAGCGGGGAUUUCUGGAUUAUGUACGCAUUGUUGCACAGCUUUGCCUUUGAUGUAAUUUACUGGCAGAUGAUUGACCCACGGUUUUUUGGGCCUGCUGAGAGGCCGGAAGAAGCCUGGAAAGAGAGACUUAGCCUGUUGGACGAGAAGGAAAAGGAUGAGAUGGAACAACUGGUGACCCGGAAACUGAAAGAGAAGGAAGUGAGGAUUUUGGCAUGGGACCCAGAUGAGUAUACUGUGGCUUUUCGCCGGCAGUUAAACAGCGGGAUAGAAAAAGGGAAUGAAGGAGAGAAAGCAAACGCUGGUGGAGGACACAAUGGAGAAAUAUGAGGUCGAGGAUGAUACUAAUAGGAGCUCCCACAUAGCGACCCCCAGGUAGAGGAGGUAUUUAUACAUGAGCCCAAUUAUCGGGUUAUAUGUAAGAUUAUCAAUGACACCCGAACCCGCAUUUCAAAAAUAUAAU